AUGGAGGCGUUUUCUGAAGAAAAGGCAAGUCAAAACUUAAGUUCACAGGAGAGAGAGAGAGAGAGAGAGAGAGAGAGAGAGAGAGAGAGAGAGUGGAUGGGGGACACGAAGGUGGAGACAAUCUCGAGGUUAGCGCAAUGGAGGAUUGAGAAUUUUGGACCUUGCUCUUUCAAAAAAUCAGAUCCUUUCAAAGUUGGAAUUUGGAAUUGGCAUCUGUCUAUAGAGAGGAAUCUGUAUGAGAAACUGCUGCGUACAACUGAUGAUUGUGUGUGGCAUGUGGAUUCAAGCUUCCACGGUCGAUUCACCAUUGACGUCGAGUUUCUUGACCUCAAAAUCUGCCCUUUGACUGGUGGUGAAGCUUCUCCCGUUUGGCCAACCGAUGCAACAAUGCAAUCAAUCUCGACACAGACCACUCUCAAAUGCUUAUCACGGAUGCUAGAAGAUAGCAUCCUCUCCGACGUCACGAUCCACACAGCCGACGGCACGCUAGCCGCUCACAAGGCCAUCCUCUCGGCUAGCUCAAACGUCUUCAAAAGCAUGUUCCACCACGACCUCAAGGAGAAAGAAUCGUCCACGAUCCACAUAGACGACAUGUCGAGAGAAUCUUGCAUGGCCCUCCUGAGUUACCUCUACGGGAACAUAACACAGGAAGACUUCUGGAAACACCGGCUCGCGCUUCUCGGCGCCGCGAACAAAUACGACAUAACUGAUUUGAAAGCUGCAUGCGAGGAAAGCCUGAUGGAAGACAUAAACUCCGGUAACGUCCUGGAGAGGCUGCAGGAGGCUUGGCUUUAUCAGCUUGAGAAGCUGAAGAGAGGGUGUCUCAUGUAUCUGUUUGAUUUCGGCAAGAUUUAUGAUGUCAGAGACGAAAUCAGCAGUUUCUUCAGGCAAGCUGAUCGUGAACUGAUGCUUGAGAUGUUUCAGGAGGUUUUGUCCGUGUGGAAACCUGUCUAA